AUGGAGGAUAUUCGUAGCCAAUACCCUCCUGGGAUCAGAUUCCACCCCUCUGAUGAGGAACUCAUCUCCUUCUACCUCCAAAGGAAAAUCAAGUCCCUCCCUCUCCCUCCAAACGUCAUCACAGAUAUCCACCUCUACACCUACGAUCCCUGGGAUCUGCCUCGAAAUAGUAUGUUUGGAGAUGAGGAGGAGCUGUAUUUCUUCAGCCCGCGGGACAGGAAGUAUCCCAAGGGUGGGAGGCCUAAUAGGGCGGCCGCAUCCGGAUACUGGAAGGCCACUGGCACGGAUCAGCCUGUUUGGAGCUCUUUGGGAUCCAGGAAGAUAGGAGUCAAGAAAGGCCUUGUUUUCUACAAGGGAAAGCCUCCUCGUGGCCUCAGGACGGACUGGGUCAUGACCGAGUACAGACUCCCAGACACCUCCCAUCCAUCCAGAUCCACUGCAGGCUCAGGCUCAAUGAGACUGGAUGACUGGGUGCUCUGCCGCAUUCGUCACAAAGGCAACAUGUCAAAGAAAGAGAACUCCAUGAAUCAUGAUUCUGCAGCUCCAGACAUGCUUUCAGAAUAUCUCAAAUCAGAUGAGUACAAUCUCAUAGUUUCACUACUAGCUGGCCUUGAUCCUGUCUCCUUAACUACUCCCAACCCGAUCAACCAUAACUCCACUGCUACUACACCAACAAUGGAUCAUGCUGACCAAUCAAACUUGGACCUCAUCACCUUUGGAGGGCCGUUGGUAGCUGCCACUGAUGCAAGAUCAUACGGUCAGAAUGUGUGCAAGUCUACAUAUUCGUCGAAUCCCAGCAUCAGCAUGCAGGACCAGGAUAUGCUGCACCCAUUACAACAAAACUUUCUACAUUGCCCUUUCACACAACAAUAUAUAUAG